AUGGGCAUAGAGCUGCGUGGCUCUGUGCCGAUCGAGGGUGGAAGGACAUUUGACCAUGUAAAAUUUGACUUCCCUGGAAUUUGCCAUUAUAUUUUUGCUGCACAUUGCAAAGACAAUGAUCAGGACUUCAAUAUCCAGAUUGCAAGGAGCAUCCAGAAGAGGACCAUCAUCUCUUUCACCACCACCAUAGAUGGAGUACUUCUGGAGGUGGAAGAAUCAGGCAUCACAGUAGAUGGGAAAGAAAUUCGUCUACCCUUCAGCCUGAAGAGUGUUCUAAUAGAAGAUAUUUAUCCUUACUUCCGAGUCACCUCCAAACUAGGCCUGACUCUCAAGUGGAAUUGGGGUGACACUCUUCUAUUGGAUUUAGAAGAUACAUACAAGGGGAAAACUUGUGGUUUGUGUGGGAACUAUGAUGGCAAUGGAAAAAACGAUUUGCUCCUAAAUAGCCAUCCACUAUUCCCAUGGCAGUUUGGAAACCUUCACAAAGUAGAAGAUCCAACAGAGAAGUGCCCUGAUGUGCAUGGAGAUAGCAGGAAGCGCCAAAACCGCUCUCGCCAGCAAGCUCAGUGCAAAAGGAAAUACAAAUCCAAGUGCCAGAGAGUCUUGUCCCGCUUUGGGAACUGUUCCAGGGUGGUUGCCAUGGAUGACUACUUAAUCAUCUGUACAGAAGAUAUGUGUGGUUGUUCUGAGAAAUCUUCUCAUUCUGACUUGGUGGCCAGCUGUGUGUGCAGCACUCUCAGCCAGUAUUCCCGAGACUGUGUCCUCAAGGGUGGAGAUCCUGGAAAAUGGAGAUCCAAAGAACUCUGCUUCCAGAAAUGUCCAAACAACCUGGAAUAUAUGGAAUGUGGGAACGCCUGUGCUGACACCUGCUUCAACCCUGAAAGAAGCAAAAUAUGUAAAGCCCCAUGUACUGAUGGCUGCUUUUGCCCUAAAGGAACGAUUCUCGAUGAUAUCAACGGCAAAAAAUGCAUCGCCACUGGCAGCUGCCCAUGCACCUUCCAAGGCAUAGCCUAUACAGCUGGAGACACCUACUCCACCCCCUGCCAAAACUGUACCUGCAUUGGAGGAAAAUGGUCUUGCUUAUCACUACCUUGCUCUGGAAACUGUAAAAUUGAAGGAGGAUUUCACAUUACUACAUUUGAUAAGAAACAAUUUAUUUUCCAUGGCAACUGCCUCUAUGUCUUAGCUAAGGACAUAGAUGGUUCCUUGGUGGUCAUUGGAGAGAUGGCUCAAUGCGGCAUUUCAAGCACUAUGACAUGUCUGAAGAAUGCCUUCAUCACUUUAGGAGGAGCCAUUAAUAUAAGAGUAUGUUCCUGUGGAGAUGUCUAUGUCAAUAAUGUCAUCACAGUGUUGCCCGUAACUAAAGAUGGCAUCAUUCUCUUCAGACCAUCUACAUUCUAUGUCAACAUUGUGACUUCUUCACGGGUACAAAUUCAAGUGCAGCUGAAACCCAUUAUGCAGAUCUUCAUAACAGUAGAUCAAACUUACCAAAAUCGUAUUUCUGGUCUUUGUGGAAAUUUCAACAAUGUGGAAAAGGAUGAUUUUCAGACCAUCAGCAGGAUUGUAGAAAAUUCUCCUUCUGCAUUUGGAAACUCGUGGAAGACAAUGGCCAACUGUGCCGAUGUUCAAGACAGCUUUGAGGACCCCUGUCGGAAAAGUGUUGAUAAAGGAAAAUUUGGGCAGCAUUGGUGUGCCCUUCUCUCGAAUGCAAAUGGGUUAUUUGCCGAGUGUCAUUCCGUUAGCGACCCUGCUCCUUAUGUCAAGAACUGUGAAUAUGACACCUGCAAUGCCGAGAAGAGUAAAGAGGCCCUGUGCAGUGUCUUCUCUGCCUAUGGCAGAGAUUGUGCUGCAAGAGGAAUACACUUGAAAGGAUGGAGAAACGGCAUUUGUGAUGUCUCCACGGAGUGCCCUAGAACUAUGGAGUACAGCUACAAAGUGAAGUUCUGUAACAGCUCUUGCCGUUCACUGAGCGAGCCUGAUACGCUGUGUGAUGUUCAGAUUGCACCUGUAGAAGGCUGUGGCUGCCCUGAGGGGACCUACCUGGUGAAUGAGGAAGAAUGUGUCUCUCUGGAGGAGUGUCCGUGUUACUACAAUGGCCUGCUGAUCCAACCUGGGAAUUCAUUCCAAAAGGACAGGGUCAUGUGCAAAUGCAUUCGAGGACAACUACUUUGCACUAGAAGCACAGAAACUAGGAAAGAUUGUCCUUCUCCUAUGUACUACUUUGACUGCACUUCUGCUGGCCUGAGUGCAACCGGAUCAGAAUGUCAGAAAAGUUGUGAAACGCAAGACAUGCAAUGUUAUGUAACAGAAUGUGUUUCUGGAUGCAUGUGUCCUGGCGGACUGGUGUCUGAUGGUAAUGGCAAUUGUAUUGAGGAGGAGCAAUGCCCUUGCAUCCAUGGAGGAAAUUUCUAUAGUUCUGGCACAAAUAUCACCAUCAACUGUAAUACAUGCAUAUGCCAGAAGAGACAAUGGAACUGUACAAAUAACCCCUGCCAAGGAACAUGCACUGUGUAUGGGAAUGGACACUACUUCAGCUUUGAUGGAGUGAAAUUUGACUUCAUGGGAGACUGUGAUUAUAUCCUAGCCCAGGACUUCUGCCCCAAUAAUCCCCAGCCAGGCACAUUCCGAAUUGUAAUUCAAGACACCGCAUGUGGGAAAUCCCUGACUGUUUGUUCCUUGAAAAUUAGCAUCAUCGUGGAGGAUAGUGAAAUCAGACUUCUAGGAGGGAAAAUUGAGGAGAUAACCAGCAAGCCAGACAUUGAAAAGCACUAUAACAUUUAUCUCAUGGGAAUUUAUAUUAUAAUUGAAACUUUUCAUGGCAUUACCUUCCUGUGGGAUGAGAAGACAACAGUGAUUGUGCAAGUGGCACCUUCUUUUCAGGGCAGAAUUUGUGGUCUUUGUGGUGAUUUUGACAACAGUGCCAACAAUGACUAUACCACUCGAGGGCAGACUCUGGAGAUGCAGGCACAGGCCUUUGGAGGCAGCUGGAAAGUCACCACUAGCUGUUCAGACACAAAGAAGACAGAUUUGUGUGCAAGUCAGCCUUCCAAGCUCGUACUGGGACAAAAGCGCUGCAGUAUUAUCAAGAGUGACGUUUUUGGAGCUUGCCACAGUAAGAUCAGUCCAACACCCUAUUAUGAAUCCUGUGUGUCUGAUUUCUGUGGUUGUGACAAUGUGAGAGACUGUGAGUUCUUCUGUACUGCUGUAGCUGCAUAUUCAAGGAGUUGUAGCAGAGCCGGCAUCUGUAUUGACUGGCGAAGUCCAGGAAACUGUCCUGUUUUCUGUGACUGUUACAACCCACCCCACAAAAGAGAAUGGCAUUAUAAGCCCUGCGGAGAGCCUUGUUUAAGGACCUGCAGGAAUCCUACAGGAAAACGUGACACACUGCUCUACAGUUUGGAAGGCUGCUACCCAGAGUGCAAUGUUGAGAAGCCAUUUUAUGACGAAGAAAAAAGAGAAUGUGUCUCAGUGCUAGAUUGCACUUCAUGUGAUCCAAAAGAAAAACUCUGCUUAAAUGAAUCAAAUGGAAAAUGGAAACUGCCUCCCAUAAAUUCACCAGCAAAACCAGAAAUGAGAAUCACCCCAUGCUCCUGUAAAGUAAACGGAGAGCUGUUAAUUAAUGGCGAAAGCCAGUAUGUGACUAUGGAUGCUCCAGGUUGGUGUAUUUAUGCCUUUUGUAAUACAUCAUGCCAGAUUGAAUUCAAAUAUGAAAAAUGUCUCUCAUUCGCUACUACUCCUCUCCCAAGCAAACUUGCCAUGUUCACCAGCAGACCUUGCAGGGGGAAUGUUCAGAAUUGUGAGAAGAAGCCUCCUCAGUAUUCUGGAUUGAAUGCUGUUCCUUCACUUACGCCUGGAAGUGAUUGCACCGAUCUUGUCCCUCCUAGAAAGUUUCAAGAAUUAUGGAAAUCUGGAAGCUGCCAAAUCGCCACUUGCUUAGGUGGGAAACACAUCCAAGUAUCUGAUGUCCGCUGCCCACCUCAGAAGUUUAAACUCUGUGUUAAUGGACUACCGCUUGUGAGAAAACAGAAUGUAUCUGGCUGUUGUGAGGCUUUGGAGUGUCAGUGUGCCUGCAGUGGAUGGGGAAAUCAACACUAUGUAACAUUUGAUGGAUCGUAUUAUAAUUUCCGUGGGAAUUGUACCUAUCUCCUGAUGAAACCAAUUAGACUUGGCGAUCAGAACUUCUGGAUCCACAUGGACAAUCACUAUUGUGCUCUCACAGGUAGAGCUAUUUGCUCUAUGGCUCUUUUCAUAUUUUACAAUCACUCCACAGUCAUUUUGACACGAGGAGUUGAAAAUGGAAAAGAAGGCAACCUGGUUCUCUAUAACAAUAAAGAAAUCACUCCACCUUUUUCAAUGGAUGGCUUUGAUAUCACCAUCUCUGCUCAAUAUGUGAUAGUUAAAAUACCUGAAGCUGGACUUCACGUCACCUAUGCUCGCCUUACUUUUCACAUAAACCUGCCUUUUAGGACUUUUUAUAACAAUACUGAAGGACAAUGUGGUACCUGCACUAACAACAAGGGUGAUGACGCAUUGAAAAGGAACGGCAGCAUUGCAGAUUCCUUGACAGAGAUGGCAAAGGACUGGAAAGUGAUGGACCUUGUCACUAGACAUUGUAAUUCAGAUCAACACUUGAUGCGGGCUGAAAUGUCACCAUUUAAAAUAGCUACUUGUGUAGCUCCUCCAAUAUGUAAACUUAUCUGGAACUUCACCGCAUGUCACAAUGCUGUUCCCCCACGACCUUACUAUGAUGCCUGCAUUGUGGAUGGAUGCUCCUCAUCACCACAGCAGGGCACUGAAUGUGGAAGUCUCCAGGCCUAUGCAGCCUUGUGUGGGUUCAAUGGGAUCUGUGUGGACUGGAGAAGCAAAGCCAACAAGAAAUGUGGACUCACAUGCUCUCGGGACCAAAUCUAUAAACCAUGUGGGAAGAUGGAAAGGCUCACUUGCUCUAGUGGAGAAAACAAUGUCCAUGCCAAUAUGCCAAAAGGAGACAUGAUUCCAGGAAUACUUGUAGAAGGAUGUUUCUGCCCCGAUGGAAUGUUCCAAUUGAAUCACCAUGAUAGUAUUUGUGUUCCUGUUUGUGGCUGCACAGGACCUGAUGGAGUAUUGAGGCAGCCAGGAGAAACCUGGGAAAAAGAUUGUCAGGUCUGCACCUGCAGCAAAGAGACACUGAACAUUUCUUGUUCACCCCACAUUUGUGCAAAGUCUCCACCAACCAUUUGCACUAAGGAAGGAUUUGUACCUGUAGUGCGGACACAGUCAGAAGAUCCCUGCUGUACAGAGAUAGUGUGUGAAUGUGAUGUAAGGUCCUGUUCUCUGACCAAACAGAAAUGUAACCCAGGCUUCCAGAUUGCAACAGCCACUCCUGAAGAUGCAUGCUGUCCCAUUUAUUUCUGUAAACCCAAAAAUGUUUGUGUAUCUCAAGGCACAGAAUACCAGCCUGGAUCAUUGGUACAUUCAGAUUCUUGUGAUGAAUGCAUCUGCACUGCGACGCGGGAUCCUCGAACCCAAAUCAACCAAAUUAAAUGCACACCAGUGAAAUGCCCUACUCAGUGUCAAGAGGGUUUCCGCUAUAUCCAGGAAGAAGGAAAAUGCUGUGGUGAAUGUGUGCAGGUGGCAUGCAUAGCAAAGCUUUCCUCUGGAAUAGUGAGCAUUGGGGUUGGAGAGACCUACAAGGAUCCACAAGAUAACUGUAUUCAAUAUCUGUGCACCAGAUCAUCAGAUCAAUUCAUUCUGAGUAACACAGUAAUAACUUGCCAAGAGUUUAAUCAGUCAGACUGUGUCCCAGGAACUAUUCGAACUACUCCAGAUGGAUGCUGUGAAACCUGUGUCCUCUUGUCUCAUGAAUGUAAAAUUUAUCAGACAAGGCAGUACAUUGUUCAUGGGUGCAAAUCGGCCAUUCCUAUCAUGGUACCUUCCUGCAAAGGAUCCUGCAGCACCUACUCUGUGUAUUCCUUUGUCACUCACAAAAUGGAGCACGGAUGCACAUGUUGCCAUGCUACAAAAUACCACGAAGUGAGAGUGGAACUGAUUUGCAGUAGCAUGAAGCGAAUCAAAUACAAAUAUCUUCAUGUAGAUGCAUGUGGCUGUGUGGAGACCAUAUGCCCAAACUAG